UCUUUGGCACAGUGACACAAACUCUGAGCGAUUAACGCCGGUGUAGAUUUCUCUCUCAACAGUUUGUCCUGACAGACCUGACGAGCACGGAGGAAGAUGUUGAGGCGAAAGCCUUCAAACGCCUCUGAGAAGGAGCAGGUGCAGAAGAAGAAGCUCACCCUGCAGAGGUCCAGCAGCUUCAAGGACUUCAUGAAGCACAAACCCACCUCUCCUGUUGUCUCAGAGAAGGAGUUCACACUGGAGGAGAAUGUGAACGAGGCUGUUCCAGGAGAGGAAGCCGGGAAAAGUGGCAGCAAACUGGGGAAGAAAUGGCGCAACGUCAUCUCACGCACGAUGACCCGCAAGACGUCCAAGAUGGUGCAGAAGGUUCUGGCUGAGGAGGGGGAGCAGCUGGAGGAGGUACAGGUUCAGGAGCAGAUGGAGGAGGUUCAGGUUCAGGAGCAGCUGGAGGAGGUUCAGGAGCAGCUGGAGGAGCUGACGCUGGAUGAAGGACGUUGA